AUGGUGGCCGAAAGAAUAAACCGCAACGAUGGUCGUCCAACUGGUACUUACGGUGUUGAUCUACGAAAGCGAACAUGUGAUUGUGGAAAAUUUCAAGCGUUCCAUUUGCCUUGCUCACAUGUGAUUGCAGCAUGUGAAAGUAUACGCCAAGACUACACCAUUCACAUACCCGACGUGUUCAAGAUACAACAUGUUUUUAAAGUCUACCAACAAAGCUUCCAGAUCCUCCCACAUCAAGACAAUUGGCCUCAAUAUAGAGGGCCUACUCUUUGUCAUGACGAAACUAUGCGUAGGAAAAAAAGAGGCCGCCCUAACAGUACUCGGAUUCGAACCGAAAUGGACGACGUGGAAAAGGAAAAGAGAAUGUGUGGGAUAUGCCGUGAAGUAGGCCAUAUCCGAAGUAAAUGUCCAAAUGUAUCAGGCCCGUCCAAUAGGCCUCCUUAA